AUUGCAAAUGAUAUUAGAUUUCUUGGAAGUGGGCCUAGAUGCGGUUUAGGGGAAUUAUCUCUUCCAGAAAACGAACCUGGAAGUUCUAUUAUGCCUGGAAAAGUAAACCCUACACAAUGUGAAUCAAUGACUAUGGUAUGCAGUCAAGUAAUGGGUAAUCAUGUGGCAAUAAGUAUCAGUGGCAGUAAUGGCCAUUUUGAACUUAAUGUUUUUAAACCGAUCAUGGUUGCCAACGCUCUGAGAUCUGCAAGGUUGUUAGGUGAUGCCAGCUCAUCGUUUGCAAAGAAUUGUGUUGUGGGCAUUAUUCCCAAUAUUGAGAAAAUACAGAAGAAUGUGAAUGAAAGUUUGAUGCUUGUCACAGCAUUGAAUCCAUAUAUUGGUUAUGAUAAGGCUGCUGCAAUUGCUAAGCAUGCGCACAAAGAAAAACUCACAUUAAAAGAAUCUGCAUUGAAACAUGGAAUAACGGCGGAACAGUUUGAUCAAUGGGUCAGACCUGAACAGAUGCUUGGUCCGAAAUAAUUUUUAUAUUAAAAGAUAUUUAAUGGAAAUAUACACUCCAUCAUAUAUUUUAUUCGUCGUUACUUAUUUCAAUCAGUAGAGCCUGAUGUAAAGAGUUAAUAAAUGCAUAUUAACAAAAUAAAAUAUUUAUGAUUUAUUAUAUGUAAUAUUUAAUAUAUUGUGUACUUAAAAUCAAGGUUAAUAAAAAUAAUUAUGAUUUUAAUUAA